AUGAAGGUAAAACAAGAGGUAAACAAAGGUAUAAAGAAGAUGAAAAGGUUUUUAAAGUCAGGUUCUAGCAACGUAUCUGAAAAAACCUUGGAGAGUGAACGUAGCUCGAUGAACGAUAUGACAAGUCUUGGAAAACACGGAAAUGAAUCAGAUGAAAGGACUAAUGGAGAAAGCUUUGAUCAAGCCGCGGAAGAACAUUCAGGCACUGAUUCUGAUGAAGACCAAGAGACAAGCGAUGAGAAUUCGACAACUGGAACUGAUCACGCAGAACACGAAUUUGACAGAAAAGAUAAAAUCGAAAACGACGAAACGAAUAUCAUAGAACACGCGAAAGAUGACAACGAUGACAACGAUGACAACGAAAUAAACUAUGAAGAGAGCAUGGAUGAAAAUGAUCAUGAUCUCCAAGGAAGUUUAUCUAUUGAAAAUGAGGAUUCUGCUUUAGACAAGGACCAGAGGGACGACAAUGACCAUGAUAUUAAAAGCUCAACUAUCAACUCUGGUAAACCCGAAAAGUUAGAUAAAAGUCCAAUUACUCAAAGUUCUAUUGCGACGAGCGAGGAUCAACGUACACAUUUAUCAGAACCAGAUGAUAAAAAUGAGAAUGUUGAAGAAAAAGAGAGCUCAAUCUCAAAGUCUUGGGAUGAGGAAUCUCAAAAAGAUGAAGCGGGGGAUGAAUGGAAUUCACCGAAUUCAGAUCCACCCGCAUGGAAAUAUCCAGAUGAAUUGCCACGUUUAAAGAACAUCGAGAAACAUUCUAAGGAUGAUCAAGUUAAACUUCUGACCAGUUCGAGUUUUCCUGCUAACCGUAAACAACAUUUGACCCCUGUUCGUCGCGGAUUAUCACCAGAACAAUUCGAAAACGGUGUGUACAUAGGCGACCCUAACCAACUUCCACCAAUGGGUAUUGCAUUUUAUAUGUUUGGGUUAUAUAUAGAGAGUGCGUUCGUCAAUAUAGCCGACAAGAUUCGAGUUAUUGAUAGAAUAUCUGGAGUCCCGAUCAGCAACUGGUUCCUUUGGCUUUUUUCAUUGAAGAGCUGGAUGAACAUUAGGGACGAUGACGAUAGGAGGAUGUUAGAAUAG